AAUGUUUACGCCGUAAGGCAAGCUCAUCUCUUCAUUGUGCCUUGGUCAUCUGUUAUAUGCUGGGGAUUUCUUUCUGUCACCUUCUUUUAUGCAACAGGGCAUCAACCAGCAUUCAGUACAAUACAGUGGAAUGCUGCAUUUGUAGGCACUACUGGCCAAUUAUCAAACCAUAUCAUUCCAGGCUUAUUGAUUGUUAUCAACACGUUCACCUCACAUUUAAUAUUUGGCCUUAUGCUGCCACUACUGUUGAUAGCACCUUUUACUCUUCUCGUAAUGUUGCCCAAAUUUGUUGCUGCAAAAAAUAAUUUGAAAGAAGAUGCAAACCAAGGAGAACUUAUACUUCUAGAGAAGAAGAAUAUGAUGUACCAGGAGCUCUUCAGUCUGAGCGUCAGAUACAUAAUGUUCCAUGGCAUUAGGGUUUUUGCAUGUAUGCUUGCUGCUACAAUCCACUGCAGGCAUCUGAUGGUCUGGAAGAUAUUUGCCCCAAAGUUGAUUUUUGAAGCUCUAAGUUUCUUUGUGACCAUUAUUGGUGUUUGUUUUGGCUACCUCAUUACCUUAAGAAUAACAAAUAAAACAGAAGUUUUGUUUAAAAAAUUUCAAAGGUAUUUUCAAUAAAUAUAUGCAGUGAAUGUUUUUGACUGUUAUUUUACUGUUGUGGAGUAAAAUAUAGUAUUAAAUUGUUGUGAAGUCUAUUAUUGUUAUGGAAUAUUAUGUUAAUGCAGAUUUGAUUAAAAUUUGUUAAAAUAU